AUGGCAAAACCGCCAAAACCAGGCGACAAAGCCAGAGAUCUGACUUUUCAUCCUUUUACAAUAACUCCGGAAAAUGCACACACAGCUAUACUUCUUUUGGAAUCAGCAGAACCGAAUAUAUUGAGUCAGACUCUUCGAGCGAUAACUAAGUUCUCCGCGCAAGAGAUACAAAACAGAUACGUUUUACUGAACUUGGAUGCUAUUAGGUUCAUUUUGCCUCUAGUAGAGCACUCUGAGCUCAAUAUAAAGAGGUUUGCUUUGAAGGCCCUGGCCCAGCUAUGCCAAUUACCUGAAGGACGAUCGCAAGUACUCUCAGACCCGGCAAACUUAAAGAAAAUUGCUUUUAUGCUUGUGAAAAUUGAAGAUGUGUUUGUCCUGGAGUUUGCUUCGUUAGUUUUAUCAGAAUUGACGAGAGAGCAGAACGGGUGUGUACAGCUGGUGGCCGCUAACAUUCUAAGCAGUCUCUUCUCCAGAAUGAAGAAUAGCUUGGAUCCAGAUGUUCAGAAAAACUGUUUACAAACAUUAAGCAACCUUCUUGACGACCCGGUUUGUGCCCAAGAAGUGACAAAGAACCAGCAGUUCUCUUGGGCGUCGCUGUUAGCACUUAUCCAGAGCAAGUUCUUGGCGAUCCAAUUCGCGGCCAUCAGAACUGUCGACCAGCUCAUUUGCCGUUAUAGCGACCAAAACGUGCAGAAGUCCUUCAAAGCCUCUACAGGGGUGUUGGAUCACUGUGAUAUUUUAGAGUCUUACGAGUUCCGAGACGUGCACACACAAGUUCUUGGUGUUUUGAAGAACUACGCAGAAACAGAAGAUAACUCGGCGCACCUCUACCAAUCCGGCUGUAUUCUGAGAUUACUGGCUUAUUUGGAAAUGGCGCUCCCAGCAAUGAAGCCACAUUGCUUGGCCGUGUUGACUAAAAUGUCGUUUACUUUUUCUGGCAGAGAAGCUCUAUACCAAACGGGAACAGAUCUGGUCUUCUGCCAUCAACUGCUCAGCUCGAACGUGGAACUCUUAGCUGAUGCGGCCAUGGGUGUGGCCAACAUGACCAAACUCCUGCCAGCCGCUGUGCGAAUGUCUGACACCAAUAUCAUUGAAGCUCUCUGCGCUAUCCUAAGCGACGACCAGGCGGCUUGGUUCUACAUAAGAAUGAACGCUCUGAGAGCGUUGGCUGAAUUGUGUCGGAUCAUACCGAAAGCUGCCUUCAGCCUCGUCGAACCCAAGACCUUCGCCUCUUUGAGAGCGAUCAAUAUAAAAUACAAAGAAACGCCUAUAGAAGCCCAGAGGCUGGCCGUUCAGUGCUACCUCAACCUUCAGAGCUACCAUGUCAGCACUAAUGCGAUGCUCAACCCUGAGUUUAUGCAAGAGCUGGUCAACAUACUAUUGCGUAUCGACACAAGCCUGAAGAUCAUGACGUGCGACGUACUCACCGGUCUCAUGACGCAUGAUACGGCUAGGGAUCUGUUCUCUCUGAAACAUGGGGAGGAGGUGGUGUCGCAAAACCUUAGGAUCGAACACGUAGGACUUCGGAACGCGCUCUGCAAAUUGAUAUCCCACAGCGUGACUGAUGACGGGGCCGAUAUCUACUUAGAACUUGGCACUAUACAUUACAUGGUGGAGAACAAACUGGCCCGGUAUGUGGUCAGGGCGUGGGACCCCGCGUUGGAGACGAUAUUCCGGCACCACACCUCCGCCAAGCUCGCGUAUCUCGGUAAACUGGAUAUCAAUGAUUUCACACAGGAAGGUUUCUACGUCCAAAAGCGGUUGGACGACGAGUUCUUCACGAUCCAGAAGCUGAUAGAACAGAAGGCGCCGUUCCGGUAUCCCGUGUACAUCAGCAUGUUCCAUCAGCCCUACGACGCCUGCUCCACGUUGGAUAUCAGGUCACCUUAUCAGGAGUCGUUGUCCAAAAUCAACCUGUCCACGUCACGAAUGAGGUUCCCCACGUUGCCUGAUGACGCGAACCUUCGCUCCUAUCUCCUGAAACUGCGCAUGUGGUUCGGGGACCCGGCAAAAUCCGUACAUUAUUUCGAAAUAGAGGAUUCGCACUUUGAAGUAAGGUACCGGGACAAAUGUCAAGAAGUGACGUCAUCGCUGAAGCACCGAGCUCAACUGCUGGGCGAGCUGGUGGGCGAGGUGAUGUCUGGAGGGGACCAGGAGAGGGACUGCUCCAUGCCCAGUGUGGAACUACAUCUGUCCGAUUUGAUGACUGCAGCAGACUCAAUAGUUAUCGGCAUAGGCCUCGUACAAUAUGGCGGUGCGUUAGAACGUGCGUUGUUGUACAAAGUUCUAGCGGACAGAGUGGGGGUGCCAUGCGCGUUGUACCGGACGAGCUUCGCGCAUGCGUGGUGCGAAGUGGCCGUGCCUGCGCCUGAUACGGACACAAAACCGGAUAAAGAAGAGAACUACCCAGCGGGUCUACUCCGGGCUAACUAUGUCGUCGAUCUGAUAGAGAACCCCGGCCGUCUCCUUCCGUCCGGUAGUGUUGAGGCGAGACGGAUAACCGGCCCGCCGGGCGUGCCGCCGUACGUCGCCGGAAGGCGUCCGGAUAUGUGCCGUUGCGAGAAAACCGGAUAAAUGUGACUUUAUACAUAUGUACAUACAUAUCAUCACGUCUAUAUCCCUUGCGGGGAACACAGAGCCAAUAGUCUUGAAAAGUCUGAAAGCCCACGUUCAGCUGUUUGGCUUAAUGAUAGAAUUGAGAUUCAAAUAGUGAUAGGUUGCUAGACCAUCGCCUAAAAGAAGAUUCCCACGUUUAUAAGCCAAUCCCUUAGUGGCCUUUUACGACAUCCAUGGGAAAGAGAUGGAGUAGUCUUAUUCCUUUUUCUAUUAGAGCCGGGAACCACACGGCACUUAUAUACUUUAUGGAUAUUAAAUUAGAUGCUACGUCAAAGGUUCGCAUUUUGACUGAAAAUGUCUAUCAUUAUUUAUAGUUAACAUAGUAUGUGAAAUAGUAACAGGUAAUAUAUUCAUGUUACCUGUCACUAUUUGAAUCUUAAUUCUACCAUUAAUCCUAACAGCUGAACGUGGCCAAUCAGACUUUACAAGACUGUUGGCUCUGUCUACCCCACAAGGGAUAUAGACAUGAAUAUAUGUUUGUUACAUGACAGUUAAAAGUUUCACUGUGACAAUUUACAAACGCUAUUUAUUAAUAAUAUUUAUAAAUAAUACAGGUAUUAAACGCAAUUAUUAUUUAUAAAUAGUA